AUGGACGGUAGGCAGCAGCGCCCCCAAAGGAAGACGCUACAGUGGCAGCUUGCUCAAGAGCAAGGGCACCAGUCCCCUCCACACGGGCCUUCAGCAACUUCCAGCCAGCCAGAUACCAAGAGCAAUCCUCAAGAGGACCUGCAGACCCAAGACUGGGUGUGUGAGCCUCCAGCGCGCAGGCGCCCAGGUAGUCGCUGGAAUAUCAGCAUCGACGAGCGCAGACGUCUGGCCAUGCUACAUGCGCAGGACAGAGCAAACACGGCCAAGGCCCCAUCUAGAGACAUACUGGGCCUGCACCUCCCGGUUCGGCCGACUGUACCCUCCCCAUUGACUGGGUCUGCCCCAACCUCGCCCAACCAGGUCCCUGAAACCAUGGUUGGUCACCCGCAGGAUAUUGAGCAGAUGGUGGCCAAGCUGGUGUCUGAGGGUGUGGACAGGGAUGUACUCCUCCCUCAUCCGCAACAUUCCACCAUGUACCACAACACCUUCCAGAGCUUCUUGGCCCGGGUCACUCCCCUCUGGCAGAGCGAGAAUUUCGAGCCCCAGACCUCAAGGUCACCACCCUCCUAA